AUGUGGCAGCAACCGCUCCCGCCCGAAGCGGAGCCGGCGUCGCAAUCCGUCACCCAGCUGAUGUUUUUCGCAACACACACCCUGGGCGAGGUCGACGUCCGCCUGUACCGGCACUAUGCCCGUCAGCUCAGCCAGAGCCGCGGCCCAGCAAUGUCGACACAAAUGUGGGUACUGCUGUAUCAGGAGAACAUGGAGGAUGUCCGCAUCCUUAGCGGCGAGAGUGCAUCUAUCGGAGCCGGGGUUUGCGCAUGGGGGUACGGUGCCAUUCGACGAGCGUUUCCAGCUCUAGCGUCGAGCGCGUCAGCGGCGUCCCGUGUUUACCUGGGCAACUCGUCCGAGGAACGCAAUUUUAAACGCUACUGGUGGGUGCACGCAUCGCUUCUUCUGUGGAAUCAGACCUUCGGUUACGGGUUCCCGCUGUUGGAGUAUUACUGGCGCAUCGAGCCCGACGUGGUUUACACCAAAUCGUGGGCGGAUCUCGUGGCUUACGCUGCUGCAGACAAGAGUGACUUGGUCCUCCCAAAGUAUGUGAGCCAGGAAGACAGCCCCUCUUACGUGCACUGGCGGGCGCAUGAGCUGCUCCUCUCCACGCUGCCUCAGCGAGAGCGGGUAUUUUCGCUCGUGUCACUGGGCAGGUACUCGCGUUUGUUCCUCCGACUCAUGGCUGAAAGCUGGGCGGCAGGCGUUAGCGGAUACGAGGAAAUCACGCUUCCCGCCCGCUGCCUCCCACGCAACCGCUGCAAGCGGACGUCGUUUACAGCGCUCGCGCACCGCAGACUGGCAAACUCCACCUCGCACUUAUCAACCUCAUUCUUCCGCUACAACCCGUGCUGGAAGUGCGACUCAUUUCUCAGGGCAGCAGUCGCCUACAAUAGUAGGCAGCAGCUCUGGCAUCCCGUCAAGAGCCGAGAGUGCUGGGCAGACUAUCUCGAUGCAACAUCAAGCGGCACACAAGAGGUUGCCUUGGGACCGGCAAAGGCGACACACUCUCACAUGGCAGAGGCCAGGAAGGAGUGGUCGGAGAGCUGCCGUGACGCGUGA